GUAGAGCGAAACAGUCGCUUCGGAAGCAGCUGGUGUAGCAGAUUGUUCAACGAGCAGUGUCGCGUUUUCUGUGCAAAAAGUGUAUUACAUCAAAGUGAGUGCAGAAUGAACGUGCUAAAAUCUCCACUGUGGCAACAAUGGCUACGAUCCAGCGUGCUUCCGUGUGGGACAACUUCGAACAGACUGCUGAGUGCACAGGCCGCGGUCGAACACGUAGAUCCGGAAUGGUCCACAGCGAAACCGUACGAAUCAAUCCCCACUCCAUCGUUUAUGGAGAUGGCACGAAUGUUUGGCAACAAAGGUCGUUACGCAAAUCUGGAUCUGGUGGAGUUGCAUUCCCGCAUGUGGGAAGAUUACGGUGAUAUCGUUCGCUUUAAGGGAAUGUUUGGUCGCCGAGAUAUCAUUAUGACGUACAGCCCACCUGAUAUUGAGAAGGUGUUCCGCAACGAGGGACAGUGGCCGAUACGCCGUGGGUUCGAUAGUUUUGCGUACUACCGUACGCACGUACGACCAGAUAUCUUUAGCGAGACGGGCGGUCUAGUCACAGAACACGGUGAAAAGUGGCAAAAGGUGCGAACCAUCGUAAACCCGGUGAUGAUGCAACCGAAAACAAUUAAACUUUACGUCGAUCAGGUGGAUGAAAUAGCGCGAGAGUUUAUGACACUGGUAGCAGUCAUGAGAGAUGAGAAGAACGAGCUACCGAAGAACUUUGAUCAGUGGCUUAAUCGGUGGGCGCUUGAAACGAUGGGUGUUCUGGCGCUGGACACUCGGUUUGGUGUGUUGAAGGAUGAACAGACGGAGGAAGCCAAAAAGAUCCUUGGACUUGUACGUAACAUCUUCGAGCUAACGUAUAAGUUGGACGUGGAAAUGUCGCUCUGGAAGUACAUCAGUACACCAUCCUAUAGGAAAAUGAUGAGUGUCUUUGAUGAUCUAACAGCAUUGAUCAUGGCCAAAAUCGAUGAAGCGAAGCAGCGUCUCGAGAAACAUCCAUCAAACUCAGCCAAUCAAAGCGUACUGGAGAAGCUGCUCAAGAUCAACAAGCACGUUGCAGUGAUCAUGUCGCUUGAUAUGCUUAUUGCUGGAAUUGAUACGACAUCAUCCGGAUCGACCGGAGUGCUGUACUGUCUAGCGAAGAAUCCGGAAAAGCAGGCAAAGCUGCGUGAAGAGCUGCGUACCAUCUUGCCCAAAAAGGACUCUCCAUUGACGGCGGAGAAUAUGCACAAUCUACCUUACCUUAGAGCCUGCAUCAAGGAGGGUCUGCGAAUGUAUCAACCCGUAGCUGGAAACAUGCGUGCCGCCGGUCGGGACUUGGUCCUGCAGGGCUAUCAAAUUCCAAAGGGAACGGACAUUGCCAUGGGUACGGCGGUAUUGCAACGUAGCGAGAAGUACUUCCGCCGAGCCUCGGAGUAUCUACCGGAACGUUGGCUUUCCGAACGCCCAGCAGAUGUGCCGAGUGCAAAGGAUUCGAAUCCCUUCAUCUUCCUUCCGUUUGGCUUUGGUGCACGAAGCUGUAUCGGUAGGCGGCUCGCUAUGAUGGAGUUGGAGAUGAUUACCGCCCGGCUGGUGCGGCAGUUCGAACUUCGAUGGAACUACGAUAACCUACACUUCAAGCAAGCGUUGAUCAACAUUCCUGCCAAUCCGCUGCAGUUCGAACUGCGGGAUGUAGAUCACUGUUUGUUAGCACACUUCACUAGAACGCUGCGAUUGAUUGAAGCACUCAGCACCUUCAGUUCGAUGCACCCUUUGCGUAUGUUAGUCGUGUGCGCGUGUGAUUUCCCCUUCCGAAAAAUGGCUUGGCGUACUUUGAUGCAACGGUCUCGCGGUCCCACUGAACGUAUGUGCGCAAAAAGGUAUGUAAACACCGUUGCCACAGCAACGAAGCAGUUCAUAGAUCCGGAAUGGAGCCACGCAAAGCCGUACAAAGCCAUUCCCAGUCCGAAGUUGUUUGCGUUUGCGAAGGAAUUCAAAGAAGGAGGCCGUUAUUACGAUCUCACCGGUGCCGAUCUGUUUGCUCGAUGGCGUCAAGAUUACGGUGACCUGAUACGCAUCAAGGGAAUGUUUGGCCGACCGGACAUUGUGGUUACCUUUCAACCGGAAGACUUCGCAAAGGUAUUUCGCACCGAGGGUGCUUGGCCGAUACGGAGAAGCUCGGCAACGCUAUCCUACUAUCGGCAGAAGGUGCGCCCGGAGGUGUUUGGAGAGCUGAGCGGGCUCAUAACGACGCAAGGUGAAACAUGGCAGCAGCUGCGGACCAUCGUGAACCCGGUGAUGAUGCAACCGAAAAUCAUUCGCCUCUACGUGGAUCAGGUGGAUGCUGUUGCGAGAGAGUUUAUGACAAUUGUGGCUGAACUGCGCGAUGCAAAGUGUGAAGUACCGGCCGAUUUCAACCAGUGGCUGAACCGUUGGGCACUAGAAACAAUGGGAGUGCUCGCACUGGACACGCGGCUUGGUGUACUCCGACCGGAACAGACAACAGGGGCAAAGGCUAUCAUUUCGCUUGUGCAAAAGAUAUUCGAUCUGAUGUACCGGCUGGAGUUUGAACCUGAAUAUGUUCUUUGGAAAUACUUCCAAACUCCAUCGCUCAAGCUGCUGAUGCAGGAGUUAGAUAAUUUAACGAAUCUUGUGAUGGGGAAAAUCGAUGAAGCAGUCCGAAGGAUUGAAAAGGCUCCCAAGAUGGAAGGAACUCAGAGUGUCCUGAAGAAACUGUUGAAGACGAACAAGCAGCUGGCAGUGGUCAUGGCUUUCGACAUGAUAAUGGCCGGAAUCGAUACGACAUCAUCGAGUACGUUUGGCAUUCUGUACUGUCUCGCGAAAAACCCAUCCAAGCAGGCUUUGCUGCGCAAAGAACUGCGUAGUGUUCUUCCGCACCAUGAUUCACCCUUGACGCCGGAAAAUAUGCGCAACUUGCCGUACUUGCGUGCUUGUAUCAAGGAAGGACUGCGGCUGUACCAACCAACGCCAGCAAACGUGCGGAACGUGGGCCAUAACAUCGUCCUGCAAGGAUACCGCAUACCGAAAGGAACGGAGGUAGUGAUGGGGACGCUAGCGUUGCAGCGUGAUGCAACUUACUUCCCUCAGCCAGACGCAUAUCUGCCGGAAAGAUGGCUACCCGAAGGACAGGGCACGGGUAUACCCAGCGGAAAGGAGGCUCAUCCGUUCAUCUUUCUCCCGUUUGGAUUCGGUGCAAGAAGUUGCAUCGGCAGACGACUGGCGAUGAUGGAGAUGGAGAUCGUUAUUGCACGGCUUGUGCGUAGGUACGAGGUGGGAUGGAAUUACGGCAAGCUCAAAGUGAAAAUGGGCUUUGUUACUAUUGCCACAGUGCCGCUUCAGUUCGAACUGAAAGAUGUGAUUGAUUAGGGGCAUCUAUAAAUAGCUCUGUAACGCUAACGGCGAUAACGGUACGUCCGGUGGUGUUGGUACAAGUGUUUUGCAUGAGUCAACUGUUCUAAUCUAAUCUUAUCUUGCCUCUAUUCACUGACCU